AUAAAACAUCAAAUGAAUUAGUAUUCCUCUUACUAAAAGUACCUAUUUUCAUAACAGUGAUUAUUGCUUGUUGUUUUUAAUACAUAAAAGGAAUAUAUCAUAAAUAAAUAUUUGUAAAAAUAAAUUUAAAAUUAUAGAGCAUGGUUUUAUUGGGUGAAACUUUUCCAAAUUUUGUAGCAGAUACACAAAUUGGACAAAUUAAUUUUCACGAUUGGUUAGGUGACUCAUGGGGUAUUUUGUUUUCCCAUCCAAAUGAUUUUACACCAGUAUGUACAACAGAAUUAGCCAGAGUGUUAAAAUUAAUGCCAGAAUUCAAAGAACUUGGAGUAAAAGUUAUUGCAUUAUCAUGUAAUUCAGUCGAUUCUCACUGUAAAUGGAUAGAAGAUAUAAAAGCUUUUGCUGAUGUAACCGACAAAGAAUUUCCAUAUCCAAUAAUAGAAGAUGAAACACGGAAACUUGCAACUUUGUUAGGAAUGUUAGAUCCUGCAGAAGUUGAUAGCAAUGGUAUUCCUUUGACUGCUAGAGCAGUAUUUAUUAUUGAUCCUGCUAAAAAAAUGAGACUUUCAAUUUUAUAUCCUGCAACUACUGGAAGAAGUUUUGAUGAAAUUUUACGCGUGAUCAAAUCACUACAAUUAACAGAAAAGCAUAAAGUAGCAACUCCUGUUGAAUGGAAGGAUGGAGAUUAUGUCAUGAUUCAGCCAACUGUUUCUGAUGAUGAAGCUAAAGAAUUAUAUGAUAAUAUUAAAACCAUACCUUUACCAUCAGGAAAAGGAUAUUUACGUAUGGUACCUCAGCCAACAUAAUUUUUUUUAAAUGUGAAAAACAAAUACUUUGAAAUAUAUAUUUAUAAA